GUAAAAAUGCUACAUUUCGCCAACAAGGUGAAAAUGAAGAAGAUAAGACUCAAGGAAAGUCAAUGAUGGUUUGAUGAGGUUGUUUCACACUCCUGGAAGCAAUGGCGACCGUGCUUCAGGAUAGCGAUGACGAAGUCAUCAAUGAUGUGUGGCAGUACUCGCAGUCAGUUGCCGCCGCCACUCAGUUCAGUGCUGCUGACCUGAAUGCGCAUCUGCAGACGAAGGAAGAGGAGCGCCUGACAGCCGGCCCUGCGAGAUUACCCAAAGGCCGCUAUUCAUUGAGUGCUGGAUUCUCAGCUGUACCCAGUCCAGUUGGAAUACGACAGCCUUCAACCCGAACAAGUCUUGCACCGACUGCUGCUUACAAUGACACGUUCAAUGUUGGAUCUCGGCCCACCUCAUCAGCGGGUGCAGCCACUGCAAGCACUGACAUGAGCUACAUGCCAGAUCCGACUAUGCUGAAGACGCCCCGCCAAGCCUUGUCUUUCAUGGGAAGCUCCAUGCUGGAUACACCAACGGGUGGCAGCUUUGCUCUGGCUACCGGCAACCUUGGUGACUUUGGUGAAGCAACAACAGCGUCAGGUGUACCAAAGGUAUUCGAGAGCUUCGAAGCCCAUGUUCGACAGCAAAAUGCUUGUGCUGAUCCACUUCGAAUGGCGAAGGAAUUUGCUCACUCUUGCCAAGAGGAAUUGGAAAUCCUGGAGCAGAUGCAGACACAAUCACAGCAGUACUUACCUACACAGAAGCUAAACCAGCUCUGUCAGUCGGGAUCGCAUCUGAGAGAGGAAAAGCAUGUGUGGCAGCUAGCGCAUGCCCUCUAUGGAGAUCGCCUGGAAGGAACGCCAGACUCAGAAGCAUGUGUUACAGAUUAUGUGAUGAACAAGAUGAGCGAGAAAGACAUUGCCAAGGCGCUGUUUGACCGUGACUCGAUGGUGCGCGAGAGCCAGAUGGUCGUGGACUGGCUGGAGAACGCGGCUAGAGAGAAGCUGGCCCAGAUUGAACGUGUCGAGUUCUUUUCCGACAUUGUCUGCUGGGAGAAUACACAACACGAGUUGAAAAUGAGUCGCGACGGCAAUCAGCCCAUUCCCAGUGGCCUCGUAACCGAAUUGGACCCUGAUGUAGCGAUACGGCAGAAGAAGGCACUGUCAGAUGAUGAUGUGCGCGAUGAACGGCGUCUUCUGCGGCAGGUGUUUGCUUUCAUUCGUGCUGGACAGUUACAGGAGGCACAAGAUCUGUGUCGUAAAUGUGGCGAAUCCUGGCGUGCCGCAGAUCUUGAAGGCUGGAAUCUAUUCCACGAUCCUAACUAUAGCGGGAAAGGAGGCGCUGUGGCCGGCAACCCAUAUCGAGACGUGUGGAAGUACACGUGUUGGCAGUCAGCCAAUGCUGAUGGCUACAGUCCGUAUGAGCGUGCCAUCGUUGCUGCGUAUAGUGGAAAUUUAGAGAAGCUUCUGCCAGUCUGUGAGUCGUGGGAAGAUUGCUUAUGGGGAUACUUCAAGACGCUUGUUGACGUGCAGGUGGAAGAGGAAAUUCGUCUUGUACCGCGCCUUGAUGGACGACCGUGGGAACCACUUCCGGAGGGAUAUGGCGACAAAAACUUAUCACCCAGUGCUGUCUUUGAUGAAUUGGCAACGAAUCCUAGCGAGUCCAUGCGUCAGCAAGCAGCUGAACCGUUUCACGUCAUUGAGCGGCACCUGGUUCUGAAUGAUGUUGCAGGUCUGUUGAACUCCUUCCAUGAUUGGAUUGAGAACCACCCACAUAUGAACCAUCACCUUCUCCGAUGCAUGGCACACGUAAUUUUGUUCAUGCGGAUGCUCAACCAGCACAUGGAGACUACACUGUGUGAUGAAGUACUUGAGGCAUACAUCCAGUCGCUGAUCCAGGACAAGCUGUACAAUCUGGUUGCUACGUAUACAGCCUGCUUGUCGCCAGCACUGCAAGUCAGAGUCUAUGCGUCAUUCCUGGAAGGUAUUGAAGAGAAGGACGAGAAACGAUCACUUCUAGACCUUGCUGAGAAAGCCGGUCUUGAUGUUGCGAAAAUCGCCAAGCUUGUCGUGGAGAAUAUCAGGUGUCGCGGAGCUGACGAACUGCGGCCGGAUAUGGAGACUGCACAGACUUCACUGACAGAGGCGGAUGAACGGCGUAUUGCUGCGCUCGACUGGCUAGUGUUUGAAAAGUCACAGCGCAGUGAAGCUGUACACCAGGCUUGCGCUCUGAUCAGAUCUUUCCUGGCCACCAAGAAGCAUGUUGCAGCGCGUGCUGUGUUGGACAAGGUCCCGUCAGGUUCUCUUCACGUUAUCCAGGAAGAGUGGAAGACCAAGACUGGGUCUACCCUGCUUCCAGCGGAGGACGAGAACUCCAUCCAUGAGCUGACGGGCUUAGAAGCGUAUCUGCUUGCACUGAGCUCGUUUGAUGAGUGGUUCCGUCACUACUACAAUAGCAAACCAGCUGAGCCUACCCGUGCAGUCUCAUCGUUUACCGAGCAGGUCGCACUGGAGCAGGAGAAUAAGCAGUACCAGGUGGACUUGCAGCGCUGGGAGUAUGCCUUGCAAGCAUGUACACAGGAUGCUGUUCAGAAGAUCUAUGCCGUCCUGAUGUUCCAGGAUGGUUGGUUGCAAGACGUUCGAGUGCCAAGUCAGGUGGAUAGCAGUCGGGAGCAGCAGCUGUUGCUACUGAGGCGAUUGUGCCUUCCAUCGCUCUGUUUCCUCCUUGUGAAGAUACUGAAGACUACAAAGCACGGCCGUGAGUGUCUACAAGUUUCUGAAGUGGUUGCGUCUGAAGAAUACGGUCUCUACGCUCUUUUCCAGAAAUCUGAACUGAAGCAAUUUCUACAAGAGGUGCAGCAAGCAUCAACAGAUAUACUUCGCACUGGUCUUGAGGAUCCACUUGGCUAUGAUGUUUAACAACUGACCUACUUCCCACUGCUCUCAAGGAUAACAUCAUCAUCUUGCCUAUGAUGUACAGAAUCAUUAGAAUGUUGUCAGUAAUUUGCUAGCCAUGCGAAUAAAUCCCACCUCUUCGUAACACGUUUGUAUAAAGCCUUUAUUUUCGUUGCGUGUGCUGUUCUGUGUACAUGUAGUUAGUGCACGUGUGUUUUGCUAUUGGGUAUCAAUUUUUAUGGUUAUGCGAUUGUGGCUGACAUCCACUGAUGUAUCAUCUUAUUACUAUUAGGACUCUGUAGCCUGCUUUUAACUUUUCUCUCGCAUGCUCUGCACGGCUUUUUGAUGAGCAGCGCAACAUUUCUUGACAAUGGAAAAAUGACUUCAGCAUA